AUGCUACGUUGUAAUGAAAGUAAUCUAACCGUUGUGAGGCUUUGUGGACCACCUGUUGUGGGUGAACCUGAAGUAGCGUUAUUAAGACGCGAAGCAACUUCAAAGGAGUGCUUUUACAACGUUGAGGAACAUUUAGUGCCACGCACUUUUCGUUUUUCAGUAACUUCCGAAUAUAAUUUUGACAAGCUGAAUGCAUCAGUGAGAAUGCCGUCCGGUAAAACCGAUGUUGCCCACAUAAAGGACAACGCUGAUGGAAGCGUAACAGUAACGUACCGACCGAAGCAGUGCGGCAAUCAUCUUCUAUCAGUGCAGCAUGAUGGAGUUAAUAUGUCCGGAAGUCCAAUCUCUUUUUACGUCAGCAAUGCGGCUGAUGGAUAUGUAACAGUAUAUGGUCCCGGCUUAACGCAUGCAGUAGUUGGUGAACCGGCAGCAUUCACAGUUUGCGCCAAAGGUUCACCAGCUAAGGAAUUGGCAGUUGCGGUUGAAGGGAGUGCAAAGGCAACAAUCAAAUGUCAUGAUAAUAAGGAUGGUACGUGUUCUGUAGCAUGGGUACCACCUGUUCCUGGUGAAUAUAAAGUGCAUGUCAAACUUUCUGGAAACCCUGUGAAAGGUUCACCGUUUGUUGUCAUGGUGGCUGGUGAAGGUCAGAAACGUGCACACUUGUCAGUUGGAUCAACAUCAGAGAUCUCACUAAAUGUUGAGAAUAAGGAAAUUAAAGGACUAUCAGCUUCAAUAAAAAGCCCAAGUGGUAUUGAAGAGCCGUGUUUCAUCCGUCAUAUUGAUUCUGCUAACAUUGGUGUUUCAUUUACUCCACGUGAAGAGGGUGAACAUUUGGUCACUGUUAAAAAGAAUGGUCAAAUCAUACCAAAAUCACCUUUCCGAGUUAAAGUUGAUAAAAGUCAAGUCGGAGAUGCGUCGAAAGUUACUGUUAGCGGUAAUGGAAAAGCGAGCGCUAUUUCUCAGCAGUACAACGAUGUGACGGUAGAUACACGCAAUGCAGGUUAUGGUGGUCUGUCUGUAUCUGUUGAAGGGCCAUCGAAGGCUGAACUAAAAUGUACUGAAGCAAAGGAAGGCUUGAUUAAUAUCGCCUACAAACCAACGGAACCGGGGAUUUACAUUUUGUCCAUCAAAUUUGCAGAUAUACAUGUAAAAGAUAGCCCGUUCACCGUUAAUUGUACUGGCAAAGGAUUAGGCUCUGUGAAGAAAAGAGCCACCAAGGAAGUGCAUCAGGCGCCAAUGGUUCUACCCAAGCAGGAUGCUUCCAUGUAUCUACAACUGGAAAAUACAUCCCCAAUGGAAACGACAGCAAAGGUUAUGGAUCCUAACGGAAAAAGCUACGAUAUUGAGGUGCGUGAUAUUGGUGACAGCCUUUAUCAGAUCACUUUCAAGCCUGAAAUGGAUGGUUCUCAUGCGAUUUCUGUCUUCAACAAAGGACAGCAUGUUUUAGGAAGUCCGUUCCAGUUUACUGUUGGACAUAUGACAGAGGUAGGAGCACACAAAGUGCGUGCAGCUGGGGUUGGAAUACUGCGAGGUGAAACAAAUGCGAAACAGUCGUUUAACGUUUAUACCAGAGAAGCUGGACAAGGAGAGCUUGAAGUGACCAUAGAGGGACCGUCAGAAGCUGAGCUGCAAUUUUAUGACCAUAAGGAUGGAAAUUGCCACUUUAAUUACAAAGUCAGUAAGCCUGGAGAAUAUCUGGUAGGUGUCAAAUUUAACGGUGAACACAUAACGGAUUCACCAUUUAAAGUAUUCGUGGCUCCUGCAACAGGAGAAGCUCGCCGACUUGAGUUAGCAUCAUUCCCAGAUUCUGGACUGCCUGGUAAGGCAUGCACCUUCACGGUGCUUACACAUCGUGCAGCAGGUCGUCUCGAAGCAAAAGUCCAUACACCGAGUAAUAAAAUUGAAACAAUUGAUAUUGUUCCGAUUGAUGAAGGCGAAUCAUACGCUUUACGGUUCAUCCCUACAGAGGCAGGAAACUAUUAUGUUGAUGUGACACUUGAUGGCGCACCAAUGCGUGAUUCACCGUUUCGUUUGCGUGUCGGUGCAGCCGAGGAAAGUGAUCCAACAGCGAUAACGGUAAGUGGUGAUGGUAUACACGGUGGACAAACGGGCCACAAAUGCGAAUUCAUCAUUAAUACUUGUAAUGCUGGAACGGGACUUCUGCAAGUUCAAAUUGAUGGGCCAUCAAAAGUUACUUUGGACGCAUAUGAGCUGGACAUGGGCUAUAAGGUACGAUACAUGGCGUUGGCGCCUGGAGCGUAUUUUGUGGACAUCAAAUAUGCAGGUGUUCAUAUUCCUGGUUCACCAUUCAAAAUAAUUAUGGCUGGUAAGGAACUUGGUGGUGGUGGUGAGCCGGACACUUCGCUUAUUAAGAUUGAUGCGCUAGCAAAGACAAGUAAAGGAACAGUUGCGCAGGUUCCGGUACUGAAGGGAGAUGCGAGCAAAGUUAAUGUGAAAGGUGGCGGUUUGAAUAAGUUUUUUCCAGGUCGACCAGCUGCUUUUAAUAUUGACACCAGCCUUGCGGGUGAAAAUCUUCUGUUCGUUGGUGUACUUACAUCGAAAGGACCAUGUGAAGAGGUUACAGUACGACAUCUAGGCGGUGGUCGGUACGCGGUUAGCUAUCGUAUUCAAGAAAGGGUUAAAGGAUUUAUCUUCGUCAAAUACGGCGAUACCAAUGUACCAGGCUCACCAUUUGCUGUUUCAUACUAAACAGUCUUUUUUGACUAAAUCUUUGCGUUUCAUUAUAUCCAUGUUGGGUUUUUGCCAUUUUUUUUCAUCAACGAAUUUUAUUGCAUUUGUUUCCUGUGUAUGUGAGUCUGUGUAUGUGUGUAUGUAUGUCUGUCUGUCCGUGUGUAUGUGUGUGUGUGUUCAUGUGUAUAUGUGUUCAUCUCUUUGUUAAGUAGCGCAGUUAUGUCUUUGUUAACUUUUAAAAAAUCUUUUCUCAUAAAUGUAUCUCAGAAUUAUAUUAAGUGCUUUAAAAAGGAGAUUAGCACUACCACUGUCUCCAUUACCGAUCAUUGCUGUGUAAAUCUUUACUUUUUUUACGUGAAUAUUUUCGUGUUGCAAUUUAGAAAAUGGAUUCGUUGAAUGUGUUACUUUAUCUACAAUACUACCUGUCUUAUUCCUAAUCCAUCUUUCAGUUAACGUUACGUUCAUUUUUAAACUGUAUUAAAG